AUGCCUGAACCUACGCCAGAAAUUAACCAGGAUGAAACGAAAGAACCAGAGCAAGAAGAAGGUGGAAUAGAUAAAGAGCAGGAUGGAGAAACGAAAACGGAGGAAAAGGAGCCAGCUGCUGACGAAAACAAAUCGAAAGAACCUUACGAUGCUAUGCGAAAUGAACCUCAUCUCACCAGCUUAAUAGUGGAGUCGUAUCUUGGAGAGAAAGAUGAGCGAGGAUUUUUCCAUGGUAUUGGAACUGCAUAUUUCCGAGGCAAUCAUGUUUACUCUGGCUCUUUUGUGAACGGGCUAAUGCACGGCACAGGACAAUACAUAUGGGCGAAUGGUAUUAAAUACGAUGGAGAGUUUAAGAACAAUGUCAUUGAAGGAAGAGGUGUGUACACUUGGACUGAUGAGAGCACAUACGAUGGCGAAGUUAGCAGCGGCUUAAGACAUGGUCAAGGCACGUACGUUUGUGGUACAAUUCCUUCUUCAUACACUGGGGAAUGGAAAUACGGCAAACGCUCGGGAGAAGGUAUUCUGCGCUAUGACAAGGAAGGCCUGUCCUAUUAUGACGGGCAUUGGGUAGGUAACAAGCGCCACGGGUUUGGUAUGAGGAGGUAUGUAUCGGGGAACAUAUACAAAGGAGAUUGGAAGGACAAUGUAAGGCACGGUACAGGAACGAUGCACUGGUACAACAAGAAUGAGCGAUACGAAGGAGAGUGGAAGAGUGGGGUACAGCAUGGUCAGGGAGAACAUUCUUGGUAUCUGAAGCGCAUUCCUGGAUCUCAGUACCCACUGCGGAAUUAUUACGUGGGGGAAUGGGUGAAUGGAUUGAGGCAUGGGCCUGGUACAUUUUACUAUGCCACAGGUGCUAAGUAUGUGGGAGAUUGGGUGGAAAACAUGAAAGAUGGUCAGGGCAAGUAUGUAUUCAAGAAUGGCUUGGUUUUCGAAGGUAAGAAGUUCAUUUAAGAUUACUUCAGCCAUCUUAUUUAUCGGGCUGUGAGCUGAGACCCACAAUUGUCUUGAGAUAAUGCUACAGUGCUCUAAUUGUCUGAGCUACCAAGCCAACUUAGAGUCACAAAUUAAAGUCAUCUAUCUAGUGUACCUGUUUAGGGAAUGUUGUUUGCUUAUUGCCUUGAAUGCCCAGCAAUUGACAAUCAUAUUGGGUAGACUUUUCACCAGACUUUCCAUAAUAUACACAGGGUACAAAAUCUAAGGGCAAAAUAGCCUCAACUGUUAUGAAAACAAAUUCAAAGUGUUUCAAUCUGUAUUACUAUAUGGGAAAAUUAGUGUGCAGUUUUGCUGAGGUCAAAGUCUCUGGAAUGGCAAGGGUUUGGCAGGGUUGCUGAUGGUGUAAUAGGGAGCUGUGUCUGGAAAGGAGCCGCAAGGAAAAAUUCAAACACAAGAGCCUACUUUCAGGCUAAACAGAUGGCAGUGAGCAGUGUAGACCAGUCUGGUACUGGCUUUUAUUCAUACAUACUGAGAUUUACAAUGUAAAGUACUAUUGUUUGUGUCUUUGAUUGGACGAACAAUGUAUUUUCCCAGUUGUUCACUUUUCUUUGAAUUGAAAUGUGAAAAAAUCUUAGUAGGUAUGAAAUAAAAACACCAUACCAUGGAAAUUGCUUGAAAUUCUCAUCUGUCUUCAUUCUCUACCUAAGUGUAAAUUUAAAAGACUAUUGUAUAGACAGCUGCUGAACAUUUUGAUGUGAGAGGUUACUUAUGUUGAUGUCCAUACUUAAAUUGACAAAUUUAGAAAAUUAUAAUCUUUUGGUUUCAUUUGUUGUUGUUGUUGUUGUUCUUUUCGUGCAAUGCUUUUUUUUGAUGCAUUGCGACUCAUGAAUAAAAUUGAUCAUGCUCACUUUCCAUGGAAUAAUCUCUAUUUAUUGAAACCCCGAAUUGCUAAUUGUUUUCUGGGUUAGGAGUAAGCUACAGUGUACAUGCCAUUGAAUAUGACAAUUUCCUCUUUGAAUUUCAGGUAAGUUUGAAAUGGAUCACAUGGUGGACUUCCCUGAACUAAACCCAUCUGGCAUGAUGACUCCUGAUAUCAUGAACUCAGGACUUCCUGUACGAUCUGGUACCCCAGUACGAUCUGCAUCACCCUUUAUGACCCAAGAAAACUCUGGAAAUCCACUCAACUUGAGCAUUGAUCUUCUUCUGGAUGAGAGAGAUCUUGAUCUGUAUGAGCGUGAAGAGGAACUUCAACAAGUUACCCAUGUCCUCCUGCGACACGUCAGCAAACUGAAGAAGAUUUACAGUUUCUACUCUUUUCUUGGCAGACAGGAUUCUGUUGAUAACACAUUUGUCAUGAGUAGACUCCAGUUCUGGCGUUUCUUGAAGGACUGCAAAGUCCAUCACUGUGGGUUUACAAUAUCGGAAUUAGAUCGCACAGUGGCAUCUGACAAAUCAAUUGAUUUACAUGAGCCACAGCAUGAGGUCCUGAUGCGAGAGUUUUUAAAUGCGAUCAUUAUCAUUGCCUACCAUAUCUACAGUGAUGAACACCAUGGACCGGAACCGCUGCUUCCCUGGUGUGUUUCACAGCUUAUCACUGAGAACGUCCUCAAAAAUCCUUGUAAAGUUGGUGGAAGCUUGUUUCAGGAUCCAACAAGAGCAAUUGAAGCCAUUAAAUACAUGCCACGAAGCUGGGACAUUUAUUGCGGGUUAUGUGUGCCAAACACACACUACCCUCAUGAACCAAUUUUCAGAUCCAGACAAUUCAUGUUCAUGCUUAGUGACUUUCGAAUAAUUAACUCUGACCUGAAUCCAAGGGAAGUGUUGCAGAUCCUUGCAAAGGAUAACCCAGAACUGGCGCAAGAUGAUUUCUGUAAUCUGGAGCUAGAGAUGACAUUCUUGGAGUUUUUUGAAGCCCUUAUUGACUGUGCCACAGUCUAUGUUACGGAGGCUGUCCUGAAAGGGCAUCUCUCACCUAAAGCCACCCCUCUUCCAUCUUCAAGAUCACAGAGUCCUGCAAGUUUUACACCCGCAACUUCAAAGCCUGGUCUGGAAAGUCCAGAUGAAGGUUAGUAUAGGAUCAUGCUGACUGUUUAACACACAAGGAUGGGAGGCUGGGAGUAAAAAAAAGCCUUAAAAAUUAACGUUUUGUUUAGCCUCCUCUUGUUCUUAUAAUCAGAUUUAAUCAGAUUCAUACAUGUAACACUAGUCAUUUCCUGUUUCUUUGCCCCCUUUUACUUUGAGAGAUACAGUCAUGCUCAAAAAUAAGUUGACAGUUGCUGGAAACCCAGUCUUCAAUCCUCAAUCUUCAAUUCUCAAAUGCCCUGAGGAUUGAGGCUUAAGUCAUGGUUUGAAACAUUCAAGUGGAGUUUAGAAAGGCCCAAAAUGAAUUUUGAGGGUUUCAAAAUGUGGAACAAGGAAUUUUUAUGUGAUUAAUUUUUCACACUACUUGAAUCUUCUUACCUAUUGUAUGUGGCAGACAUUUCCUUCCUGCUCUUGUGACCUGGGACCUUCAAACCUUGGUUCUUGUCCUUCUUCAAAACCUGCCAUCCUGUCUUCUUCUCCUCUCCCUCUCUUCCCCCUCAGUUCAUAUUUAAACUUAUUGAUUUGUAAACUGUAUGAUGGACAAAGAAGGGCUCAGCAUACAUGUGUUUAAUUAAAUCCAAGGAACUUGAAUUUUUGUUGUCUUCAUAGAUAAACCUCACCUAAGAUUAUAAAGAAAUUUUAAGCACCAAAGGGGUCAUAAGUCAUAAGUAAUUUAUUUGGGUUAAUAUACAGUCUCCCAUACGUAUCACUUAUCAGUUUUUGUCUACAUCUUCACUAGAUCAGUAUCAAACUGUUAACUCAGCUACUGUGACACCAGGAGGAGGAGAGUCUCCUGAUCGUGUGUCCAGGGUCAUGUCUGGAGCAUCAGAAGCAAAGCUUCCUCGUCUGCCAUCAGCUGACUCACCCAUAAAGAGCAGAGAGGCUGUUGCAGCACACACUACCUCUGGUAAGCUGAGAUAUGUUAUGGUUUGGUCUCUUUGAAUAAAAGGAUAGAAGAAUCUUGGUCUUAGAUACAUUUAUAUCUUAUUUCUUGCACUUUUCAGUCACGCAUAUAUAUGUGGAGUGAAGAGGCAGUUGACUGCAAAUUAAAAUGUUGUCACCCAAACAAAGUCAAUUAAACAAUAAGACCUAGUGAGCUCAGAAAAGUUCUUUUAUUCACCACAUGCAACUAAUUGUGGUUGUCUACCAUAUGUACAGUAUAUCCAUGGAGUGAUUUGGUUUUGUUGAUGAAUAUGAAUGCUUUUCAGGUGCCAGUAUGUUUUUGCAAUGAAAAGUACAUAUGAAGGACCAUCAUCAUUUUGUUGACAAAGUCCCUAUAUAUUACCCUUUUUCUUUACUUCCUCAUUUUUAUGUGGUAAUGGAACAGCUUUUUUGCAAGAAAAAUAUCUUCUCAUUGUUGAUGUUUGUUUUCUAGCAAAAAGUACUGAUCUUCUUCCAAACUCUCAAGAAGGCAGCAAGAGAAUCCAUUCAGUUCCUUCCAGUGCAAAUGCAGCCCAUCCAUCCUCUGAGAUGGGAGAAUUUGAGGAAGGGGAAGCUGACAACCUUGGUAGGUUCCCUAUCGUCUUUGGCUGUUUGCCCAGAUUUGUAGGGGCAUUGUUUGUAAGUUAGACAAAGGCAGUGACAGGAGAUUUAAUAUUGUUAACGUUUGAACAAGUCAACUUCGUGAUGUUUAAAAUUACCAUUUCCUUGAUCACUUAGUGCUAAAUAAAAAAUGCACGAGGCUCCUUGGUAAUCAACAGAGAAACAAUAAAAUACAACCUUUAGGGGUGGGGCAGUCUUAUGAUAAGUAUACUAGACUUUUGAUUUAGAGGUCUGGGUUUGAGUCCAGCCAAGGUCAUAAUUUCUUUUGUGUUUUAAUGCAAGACUAUUUUAUCUUACAUUUUGUCCCUCUGUAAUCUACUGAACAGUGAAAGCAGCAUGAAAAAGUACAGAAAGUUAACUCACAACGGACUGGCUCGCCAAUUUUCUUACAGAUCCUGGUUAUGCUCUUGAAAGGGCGUGGGGUGGUUAGUGUUGGUCUACUGCUUGAUAUGUAGGCAUCCUGAUCUUUGAUUUGGAGCUCACGGGGAAACUACUUCAUUAAACUCCCCAAUGGACCUUCUUCUGGACAGGAAUGGUUCCACCUCUCUGUCUUGCCUUUGAAUAAACAGUGUUAUCAUUAAUGGGGUAGAGGUCUUUGAUCCAUUUGGUUGUAAGCCCUUCAUGCCACUAUUACACACAAAAUCGAGUUAGCAGUCCCCUUCCAUUGGAUUUUGGAGGAUAUUUCUAGAUGCCUCUUACAUUCUAGAAGUCUUGAUCAGUUGAUUUUGGUAGGUUUGAGCUUUUGAGAGACUUUUCUAUGUUAUGUGUAUCGUAAAUAGCGUUCGUUGUGUUUUGCAGCAGAGAUUCAAAGCCCAAGUCUUGGAAUCCAAGGUGAUCCCAGUCAAGUGGAUCUGCAGCCAGAUCAGCAACACAGCUGGUGCCUACAGCUUGACAUCUUUUUUGAGAAGUUCUUUCAAGCUGCUGAUAAUUUAGAGAUGAUUAAGCAAGCCCAGGCGAAAAAGACUUAAUUUAUCGCCGGAUAGGAUUGUCGGUUGUUGAAAUUCCUCAGCACAGAUGUAGCAGUUUCUGAAGCAUACCAUAUAGAGUCUCACUUAUAAUGUAUUCGAGUGUUGGUAUAACAAGUUAAAUUAUAAAGAAGGUUUUUAAUAAUUUUUUAACGGAUUGGGUCCACAACCAUUUGAAGUACUCAGCUACAUGUACGAUCGAUGCGACAUUUUUUUUUGGCGUGAAAAAGCUGCAUUCACAAAAUGUUGUAUUUUAUAGCAUGUGGUAAAUGAUUAAAUUCCAUACUUUGUGAGAUUUUUACCUAUGUAAGAUAGGGUUUUGGUUUUGGUUUUGGUUUUGGUGUGGCUGAGUUAGAGUUCGUAUGUUGUAGCCUGUAUUAAAAAAAGCAUUGGUCUUACUUUAA